AUUGAUGUACUAUUUAGAUUUUCGAUGUUUAAAUGUGUGAAAAUCUAAUUCCUUAGUUAUGAUCAAUUAAAGUCCAAUAACGUUUUAACCAAUACGUUAAAAUAUGGAAGUGCCAAAAGUAGUCAAGAAUUUUGAAAUACCUCAAGCAGUUAAAGAUAUCGAACUUCCCUCGGCAGUAAAAAAUAUAGAUCUAUCUGCUGUUAAAAAUAUGGAGCUUCCUAUUUCCGUAAAGAAAUUUGAACUUCCAGCUGCAGUUAAAAACAUUGAGCUUCCGGAAGCAAUGAAAAAAUUAGAUCUAACUAACGCUGUAAAGAAUGUUCCGACAACCGUUAUGAACAAUGUGCCAGAAUCCGUGAAAAAUAUGCAGGUUCCAAAAACUGUAAAUACUGCAAUGUUUUCUUCAUUUGCGACAACUGCUUUUACUAGUGUCGCGUCUUUAACAAAAACAAUUCAACAAAAAGUGGAAGAAACUACAAGAAAUCUACAGAACGAGCAUGAAGAAUUUGUUAAACAAGUUAAUGAAGAAUCACACAAACCUAAUGUUGGAACAGAAGCCGUCGCUCCUUGGGUAGGACUUCCGGAUGAAGAAGGCCUUAAACAACAGAUAUUAGCUUUAUCCCAAAAUAAACGAAAUUUCACAAUUUCCCCACCAGAAAACACAAAUUUUCAAUUCGAUAUGAAUGUUUAUUUUCAAACUGCUUCAGCUGCUUUGAAUGCUGAUCCUAAUCUCAAUCGUAUGCGUUUUGAAUUGGUUCCAGCUCAUGUACAGGAACCAAUGUUUUGGAGGAAUUAUUUCUACAGAGUGUCUUUAAUUAAACAAACUUCAUUAGGUUCAAUUGACUCUGUAGUCUUAGAAAAUGAAGUAUUUCAGAAAGAUCCUAUUGAAGAAUCAACAUCCAUGGAAACUACAGAAAAACAAGAGGAGAAAAAAGAAGAGCAUAAGCAACAAGAGAAUUUAUCAAAUAAAGAAGUCUUAUUUGAUGCAAACAAGGGAGAAGAUUCAGAUGCUUGGAUUAAGGAUUUUGAUACAUCAGAUGGUAUAGUUGUUACGGAAGAUGGUGACGAAGAAGUUCCUGAAAAUUGGGAGGAACAAUUAAAAGAAUUUACAUAAUUUAUUAAUCUUU